CGUUUAUCGAUAGUACGGCUUAUCUGCGAUCAUUGCAAUCGAUUCCUCAAAUGUUUGCAUGCCGUUUCAACGAUGAUAUGAGAGAAAAUAUACCAUGACCUUCGUAGAAAGACACAACCAACCACCAACAACAACAUUCAGCGAUGGAAAACUGUUGCUUGACGAAACUGAUUCACCGAAGAAGUUCAAUUUGUUCAUUUGUGAUUCUUGUGAUUUUAAGUGUACUACACCCUUGAAAGCAUGGUGCUUUUUAGCUGUUUUCGCUAUGUUCGUGCCGGUUUUUGUCUACUACUUGGCGAUAGACAGAGCAACUAUACUGUCGAGAGACCAACACACGUGUUUAGUGAAAGACUCCUUCAGAGUAGAAUGUGGUACUAAUCUGACCGAUGACAGCUGCGGUAGGAUAGGUUGUUGUUAUGACAGAAAGCAAAAAAUUUGCUUUCAUUUCCUACCCUCAAAAUAUAACUACGAAUUGGAUAACACCGCCGACGAAUCUAGAACGUUUAGAACAACGAGCGCCCUCAGCCCUUACAGAACCAAAACAUUCUACUCCAUGAAAAUAUCUAUCAACGAAAUCGACGCAGAUAGAGUGAACAUAAUCCUACACACACCUGAGGUAAAAGUCAAAACCGCCUCAGUAACAGAGAAGAACUACAAUUACACAUUGUCGAAUGAUAAGCUGAUUGUCGAGGUAUACAGGACGAACAGCAACGAAUUGUUGCUGUCUACCGCCAAAGGACCUUUGAUCGCGGCUGAUCGGUACUGGGAAUGGACAGUACAGUUGACUAGAGAAUACAUGUUCGGUCUUGAUGGUACUAUCUUUGAUAGCAGGGAUAACAAAACUCUCACUAAGGUGAUAUACAAAAGCAAGCAAGACCACUCGACGCUACCGACGUUUUGGGCUUACAAUAAUGGAAAAUUCCACGGUUUGACCAUUAAACACGAUGGGCCGUUAGAAAUCACAGUCCUUCCAGGAAAACUGGUAGUACUGAGAAGCAUAUCUGAUGGUACGAUUGAACUACAGCUAUUCGUUGGACCAACGCCCAAACAGUUGCACGAUCAACAAAUUAAAGGAAAAGGAAACGUGGCGCUUGAUUAUACUCGCACCUGGUUGCUGGACACGUUUGUUUGCAGGAAUUCCGAAGAGCUAAGUUUGACCAAAAUUGUGCAAAAUUACAAAACGAACUUAGGCGAUACUUUUUGUAUAGACAAAAACCUCCUCAUGUCCAUAUUACUGACAGACGAUCCAAUCCCCUUCAAGAGCCUAAACGACCUUAUAAAGGAUCUCAAGCAACAAAAUAAAAAGUUUUUACUAUCUGUACCACCUUACGUACCAGUAGGAACCACUUUGUAUGACUCAGCUAAAAGCUUGGAUAUUCUAUACAAACUGAACGGAAAAGAAUACAAGGGUGAAAUUUUGAAGCAGGAGGUGGUAUAUCCAGAUUACAGUACUGCUAACAUUGAGAAGUACAUAGAGGAAUUUGACAAAUAUAUAAAGGCGAACAUAGAAACUGAAGUAGAUGGUUUCGUGCUACAUGAAAAUUGGCCUCAGAAUGAUGCGUUUUACAUGGAAGAUGGAGAGUUUCCCUAUCUGCCUAAGGAUCUCAAAGAAGCUCUCUCCAAUACCAUACACUGGAACGCGACUCAACGUUCAACUCAUCACAUUGUGACUCACAAUGCUUAUGGCAGCUCACAAAUUGAGGCAUUCGUGAAACAUUACCCAGACAAGCCAGUUCUAUCAGCUUCAAAAGCCAACGAUCAACUUACCAUACCUAGCGUCCUUGAAAAUGUUGAAACAUCGUGGGAAAACUUACAAAAAGAAAUAGACAAGGCGUUGUUCAACAGCAUCACUGGCAACCAUUUGAUUAGUUUGCCGGUGUGUGGAGAUUCGACAACUUUUGAUAAGGUGAAGCAAGAGACUCUGUGCUUGAGGUGGUACCUGGUAUCAGCUACAAUGCCUUUGCAGCGUAUUUCUUCCGGAGAUCCCCAGAGGGAGCCGCAAGACUUACGAACUGUAUUCGGGCAAAACGUGGCUAAGAAGGCUCUGAAGCUUCACAAAAUGUUCAAAGCGUACGUAGCUCCGUUUCUAACACAAGCGGAACCGGCUUUGAGACCCAUGUUCUACGAUUUUCACGGAAACGAAAAAACUUUGUUAAUGAGAGAGCAAUACAUGCUUGGAGACAAACUUCUAGUAGCCCAUCCGAUGACCUUAAAAAGGGAAGUAUUGCAAGUUUAUUUGCCGGAAAGUAUUGGAGUUUGGUAUGAAUUUUGGGACGGAGGAGUGUAUACGAGUAGGAAUAAACCUUUUGUGAGUGUACCUGUUACAGAGACCGAUUUGGUUGCGUUUGUAGCUCAAGGAAGCAUCAUUCCUUUACAGGGUGAAGACUCGAUAAGCCUCACAAUAGCCCUGAAUUGUACUUCAGAUCCAUGCUCUGCUCAUGGACAGCUGCUGCUGGAUAACUACGUUGAUAUACAAGUAGAUGGAAAUGAUAUCAAGUUCAAUAGUUCUGGUGGAGAUUGCGUCAUUAUAAAUAAAAUCAAAGUAUAUUACUAUGACAGAUCUCAGAAUAAACAUGUAGAACAUAAUAAGAAGGUAUGUCCCAGAAAUGGAGACAUUAUAAAUAUACAGUGAUUUGAAUAAAAUGUUUUUAAGAAAAUGUACUUAGUUUUAUUAUACAUACAAAUAGAAUGAGAUGAUUGCAGUUGGCCAUGACGCGGCAAGAGCGUGAUAUCUUUAGUAGUUCACCUGAUUUCCGCCAUGGCCAACUGAGAUUAUCUUAUGGCAAAAGCCGG